AUACUGAACACCUAUGCAGUAAGCUAUACAGUAUAGUGGGUUGAGUUUAAAAUGUGACAGUAGGUAGGGCAGCGGACACUACCACAAUACAUCAAGUGGAAAGGUCAGUCAUACAUAGAGUUAUAGACAUGGACAACACAGCUAAGAAACUUCAGCUAAAGACAGAGGUGGGACUGAUUGGAGGAGUGUCCCUUGUUGCAGGGGUUAUGGUCGGCUCUGGGAUCUUUAUAUCCCCACAGAUUGUACUGCUGAACAUUGGGAGUCCUGGGGCUAGCUUGGUGACCUGGGCUGGCUGUGGAUUGUUGUCAAUGCUGGCAUCACUGAGCUAUGCUGAACUGGGAACAGUGAUUUGUGAAUCUGGAGGUGAAUACAUCUACACACUGCGUACUUCUGGCAACUUCAUGGCAUUUCUCUAUGCUUUUACCUCUGUGCUGUUUGUGAGGCCAACCAGUUUAAGUGGAAGUGCUCUUAGCUUUGCGCUCUAUGCUGUUGCACCCUUCUAUGAAGACUGUGAACCCCCAGCCCUUGUAGUAAAGUCUGUAGCUGCAUGUGGAAUUGUCUUCUUGGCCAUAUUGAACUGCCUGAAUGUGCGCUCCUCCAUGGCUGUCACCACAAUCCUCAUGGCAGUUAAGUUCCUUGCACUGGCAGUUAUUUCUAUUAAUGGUGUGAUUUUGCUUAUCCAAGGAGGCACUGGAAAUCUUCAGAAUGCAUUUGAGGGGACCAGCUACAGCAUUAGUGGGACUGGAAUGGCUUUCUACCAGUGUCUGUGGGCCUAUGAUGGUUGGAGCACUCUUAAUUCAAUCACUGAAGAGCUUAAGAGUCCUGAGACUGUACUGCUGAACAUCGGGAGUCCUGGGGGUAGCUUGGUGAUCUGGGCCUGCUGUGGGCUGUUGGCAAUAUUGGCAUCACUGGCGUACGCUGAGCUAGGAACAACGAUCCGUGAAUCUGGAGGUGAAUACAUCUAUAUAAUACGCACGUCUGGCAACCCGAUGGCCUUUAUAUUUGCAUUCACCUCUGUUCUGGUUGUGAGGCCAACCAGUAUGACUGGACUGGCUCUCAGCUUUGCCCAGAAUGCUGUUGCACCGUUCUAUGAAGACUGUGCACCUCCGGCUGUGGUGGUGAAGUCUGUAGCUGCUGUUGGCCUCUUACUCUUGGUCACUGUGAACUGCCUGAAUGUGCGAUUUUCCCUCGCUGUCUCAACCAUCCUAAUGGCAGUUAAGUUCCUUGCACUGCUUGUUAUUUCCAUUGGUGGUGUGGUGUUGCUUAUUCAAGGCAACACUGGCAAUCUUCAAAAUGCAUUUGAGGGGACAAGCCAAAGCGUUGGUGUGAUAGGAAUGGCUUUCUAUCAGUGUCUGUGGUCUUAUGAUGGCUGGAACAACCUGAACUCUGUAACUGAAGAGCUUAAGCGUCCAGAGGUAAAUCUCCCCCGGGCAUUACUGAUUGCCAUCCCGAUGGUAACCAUCCUCUACUUGCUGGUUAAUGUCAGUUAUCUGGCUGCCAUGACUCCAAGAGAAAUGAUGGUAUCCAGUGCUGUAGCAGUUACAUGGGGCAAUAAGGUCCUGGGUAGCUGGGGCUGGGUGAUGUCUAUUGCUGCAGCACUGUCAUCCUUCGGCUCUCUAAAUGGAUCCUUUUUUAGCGGAGGACGAGUUUGUUUUGUCGCUGCCCGAGAGGGUCAUAUGCCUAACAUCCUAGCUAUGGCUCAUGUGCGGCGUCUCACUCCCUCUCCAGCUCUCAUCUUCACCACCAUCAUCUCCCUCAUUGUACUCAUUCCUGGAGAUUUUCAGGGUAUAGUCAACUUUUUCAGCUUUACAGCCUGGUUCUUCUAUGGAGUUACGAUAGCAGGGUUACUCUAUCUAAAAAUAAAAUUUCCUGAUCUUCCUCGUGCAUACACGGUACCCAUUAUUAUUCCUAUCCUGGUGCUGCUGGCAUCUGUGUUCCUGGUUCUAGCUCCGAUCGUUGACAAUCCUCAGCUCGAGUACCUGUAUGUCACCCUCUUCAUCCUAAGUGGUGCUUUGAUUUAUAUUCCAUUGAUUCACUUCAAACUGUGUCCACACUUGCUGGACAAACUCACAGUGUUCCUGCAGCUCAUCCUGGAGGUUGCACCAGCUGAGAAAAAUGUAUAACACACCACAUCAGUCUUGGAGGAAGGUUAAUAUUUGUCUCCAAAUGUUCCCAAAGAAAUGUUUUACCAAAUUUGUCAGUCAGUCACAGCCUAAAUUGUUUUUUUUUGGGGGGGGGGUUUUGUAAUUGUGUGUUAGCAGUUUCCAAAGGUAUUGUGGCACAAUGAUUGUUAUUAAAUAAUACAGCAAAUAUCACAGUGGAUUCUCAUUGUAAAUACUGUAUUAAUGUCAUCUUAACUUAAAAUUGUAUUAAAUUCUUUAUUUUAGUGUUUGAGCUGUGUAAAGAGUCAUGUAUAAACAUGUGUAAAGUGUCAGUUUGUGUUAUUACAUACGAUCAUGGAAAUUGAAUUAAUUAGAAGUUAGAUAAGUUCUCCAGAUCAUUAAAGAUCCCAAAACAAUGUUUCACCAAAUUCAACAUUGUAUGUCUCUUAUGUUUCAUAAAUGUUGACAAAAGGGUACAUCUAGGACUUUUGAAAUACAUAAAGUUGGCAAAAUCUUAAGUUUUCAGUAAUAUUUGUUAGCUUUAAGAAAUAAAAUAAUAUCAAAUACCUUAUUUGCUUUUUUUUCUGCCAAGAAAUGAUACAGACCUUUAAAUGAGCUAAAUAAACAAAUCUUUACUUUA